UUAUAUGAUGUAACAAACCAUCGAUGAGUUUGCAUGUAUAACUUCUCCUAUUGUAUCUGUUAUGUUUAGGCAUAUAUCAGUUGUGGGUUGAUGUUCAAUUAUGGAUCCGUGAAUAUAGUUUCUAUUACUCAUCCUACUUUAACUGUCCUAUGCUACUACUCAGUCAAUAUAGUUUCUAAUUGUGUCAUUUUAUCUUUGUUUUUUCAGUACUUUGGUGCUUAGGGUGGAUAGAAUAUCCUUAGCUCAAUUGUUUGUUGGCUAAAAGUUCAUUUCUUCUUUCUUACUGAUUCUACCUUAUUCACACACAAGGCCCACAAAAUUGAGGUCAGACAAAGAAGUUCACAUCUACUUAUUUAGUAUGAAAUGAUUCCCAUUCAUUUUUUCUUUUUUGCAGCAUAUGGAUACCUGGAAGGCUGGAACUAAAACCUGGGGGGUGCUGUUUCCUAUUUUUAUCUGUACAUAAGGUAGAAUCAGUAUUUAUAAAAUCUUUAUCUGUUUGAUCCACGGAUGAAGAUUUUACUCAGGAGAAUUGAAGAUUGAGUUUGUCCCCCUUCACAGGUUGCAAUAUAUGAGGCCUCAACUCAAUAUUGUUGUGGCUCUUGUUAUUAGCUUGCUCUGGAUUCAGCACUCAAUUUGUGAUGAACCUUCUGAUACUGGCCUAAACAAGUGGAAAUGCAGAUGCUCUUCUAUCCAAGGGAAACAUAAAUAUUCUCUUGCUAAUUGUUCCAAGUCAUGUGAUUGCCAUUCAGAUGCUGAAGAGAGUGCAUCCAUAUGGACAUGCAUAUGUGGUCCGAAUGGGUUUCCUAAAGUGAAAGCAAAUGGACAUAACCUUAGUUGCUUUAAUGCCUGCAACUGCACCUCGGGAACUAUCAGGAUGCCACUAGGUUCAACUUCAAAGAAACAAAUUUCAAGCAAUAUUGUAGUAGUUAUUUUAUCAAUUUGUGUUAUAUGCACAACUAUUGCAUUUCUUACCUCAGUUGUAUGUCAUGUAUGGCGGAGGGAGAGAUGUCCUAGUCAAUCACCAAUGAUAUCAUCAGACAAGGAAACAAGUUACAGUAGUACCACAAACUUAAUUAGUCACAGGACUUCUUCAGUUCCAGAAGCAAAAAUUUCUAUAAAUUCUUCUAUCAGUCAUAUUACAGGAUGCUUUCGGAGGGCCUCUUUCUUGUUUGGGAGCCAAAGAGAAACCUUUCAUGGAAAUAUCAUUCAAUUUUCGUUUGCUGAACUGGAAAAUGCCACUGAAAAUUUUUUGGCCUCCAACCUAGUUGGACUAGGUGGAAGUAGUUAUGUAUACCGUGGCCGGUUGAAAGAUGGUAGCUAUGUGGCAGUCAAGAGACUAAAAGAUCAAAGAGGGCCUGAAGCAGACUCAGAAUUUUUUACAGAGAUUGAACUGUUGUCUAGACUUCAUCAUUGUCAUCUGGUGCCAUUGGUGGGAUACUGCUCAGAAUUAAAAGGAAAAAAUGUUCAAAGGUUACUAGUGUUUGACUACAUGACUAAUGGAAAUUUGAGGGACCGCUUAGAUGGAAUUUUUGGAAAGAAAAUGGAUUGGUCUACUCGCGUUACAAUUGCAUUAGGAGCUGCAAGGGGGUUGGAGUAUCUUCAUGAAGCAGCUGCCCCAAGAAUUCUGCACAGAGAUGUCAAAUCCACAAACAUUCUUCUGGAUAAAAAUUGGCAAGCAAAAAUAACUGAUCUUGGUAUGGCUAAAAACUUGAGAGCUGAUGACCACCCUAGUUGUUCAGAUUCUCCAGCAAGAAUGCAUGGAACAUUUGGCUAUUUUGCACCUGAGUAUGCAAUUGUUGGGAGAGCCUCUCUUGAAUCAGAUGUCUUCAGUUUUGGAGUGGUUCUUCUUGAACUUAUUAGUGGUCGGCAACCUAUACUUAAAUCUGCAGGCAAAGAAGAAAGCCUUGUUAUAUGGGCUGCUACUCGCUUACAGGACAAUAGGCGAGUAAUUACUGAGCUGGCUGAUCCACAAUUGAAAGGAAACUUCCCAGAAGAAGAGAUGCAGAUAAUGGCAUUCUUAGCAAAAGAGUGCUUGCUUUUGGAUCCUGACACUCGACCAACUAUGAGUGAAGUUGUUCAAGUUCUUUCAAGUAUUUCCCCAGGAAAAUCUAGAAGGAGAAUAAACAUUCCAAUGAGCAUUUUUCAGGAACCGGAGGAUGCAGAGAAGCAAAGGCAAGCUCCAUCGAGUAGAUUUUUAGCUCAUAAUUUAUUGCCAUUGGGUGUUGACCACAAUUUUCAUGUUGGUAAUGAAAAUAAAGAUGUAUAUAUAGCUUCAUUGGGGCAUAUGGAGAGUUUGAUCCUCUCAACUUCAAAAGGUGAAAGCCUGCAUGCAUCAGAAGACGAAAUGGUAGAUUUAACCGAGCCUCGUUUUGAAUCAUUUUUCAUGACCAACGUUAAUUUCCCUUGAUAACAUGCUCCUGAAUGAUGAGCAAAGAAGCAGAGAGCACAAGUCUGAAGAAUAAGGAAUUUAUAUUGUGAAUUUGUGACUGCUGGUGCAGUCAAAUAAUCAAUAUUGUGUAUGGUUCAGUCCUAUAGGAUGCAAUCAGAUGAUGAGUUGUGAAUAUGGCUUUUCAUUUUACUUUAAAAGGCCUUUCACAUAGGUGUUGCUUUAAAUAUGACAGAAAUAGAUUUGUUGUACAGAAAUGCAUAGGUGAUGUUGCUGGUUGUACUUUAUCUGGAGAAGAAUCGGAUGUGAUACUUGUACAGUAAAAUUAAACUUGCAAUGCUAUUUUGCAGUAG